UUCAUGCUGUUUUCUUUCCAACUAUUCUAAUACUUGGACUUACUGCAUGAAGCUGGCAGGACCACAAAACUGGUGAAUCCCAUUAUUUGGCUUAUUUCAUGGCAAAAAGAAUGUCGAUUUCCUAAGUCCACAUAUCAGAUGAGCCAGUGUCCUGCAGAAAAUUUAAAUCUUAUUUGCCAAAGUCCUUCAUCUUACACUAGCUCCGGUACUGAGAUUCAACCGUCUACUUCACCAUGCCAGUCGACAGGAUCUCGCAAUGCUCUACCCGGGGUUGGCUCCAUUUUAGAUAAAGCUAACGAUUUAUCAAACUAUUCUCCCAUUAAACAGUAUAGUAAAAAAUCUAAUCCCAUCUCUGAAAACACUUGUAUUAACAAUGAAUUUUACAGCAACAGUCUUUCGUAUCCUUUGAAAUCUGAAGAAAGCACUAAGGAUAUGUCUAGUGAUUUUACUGAUUCAACUACACACAUCCAGUCAUAUUCUGCCUCUUCUCUGGAACCUAUUGAUUCCCUAAAUUUUAACAUGCCUGUCCAGCCCAGUGAAUCUGUAGUAAAUGAUUUCACUCAUUCACUUCCUAUGGAUCAUACAGAUUUAGAGGAUGGUGGAUUAGAUUUAGAUCGAGUGUUUGUUGCCAUUGUUGGCGAUCAAAAUCCUGAACAUAAUUUCGAUAACGAUGACACUGAGAACUGUUCCCUUGAUAAAUCGAGCUUUUAUGAUAAACAAUUACCUAACGAUACACAAUUAUCUGUGAGUCCGAGUAUAUCCAAUAAUGAUUUGGGAGGUAAAAAAUUGUUACAUUAUUAUUCCGUGAUGGAUGCUGAGGAAACGAAGUAUCCAAUUCAUUCGAAUCCAUCCAAUCUUCUAAACGAGUGUAACAUUUCUCAUAAAGACUCGGUCCUUGAUGAUAAUCCUGUUUAUAUGUGUGGUAAUGCACAGCUUCUCACUGUCAAGCAUUGUGAGUCACUAAAGACGUUAACUGGAUUUUUACCGGAACAUUUUAAUGUAUCUCAUCCUGCUAAUCAGUCUGAACAUGUCCUACCUCCAAUUAUGUUGAGUUACGGCAAUUCUACUAGUUGCAAUACUCCUAAUCACUCGUCACUGGUUCCUAUUUCUUCACCCACACAAUUGUCUCACAAUCCAGUAAACUCGUCUUAUCCUGACUUAUGCUUCGUUUCUGAAUCAUCAUGCUCCAAAAAUUUUCCACACACACACGACGUCCACAAAACCAGACCUUGCAAUACAGAAUUAGCUCCGCUCUGCACCACGUCAAGAGAAACCACACCCAAACCAGGAUUUUCAAUUCCGGGGGUCAUUAUCAAUCCACAAAUCUCAACACCUAGUUGUCAUAACACUUAUCCCUUCCAAUCUUUAGUCUACACCUCUGAGAAGAAAAAGAAUGCCUAUACACCUAAUUCUGACAGCUCUUCAGUUACGGAUAUGUCGUUUCGUUCACCUGCAAAAGCAAGUUCACCACCUUCAGGUUACUUAGAGAUCUCAUGUUCAGACGAUGACACCACCACACUGGAAAAUCUUGAACAUGAUCAAAGCAGCGAUUGUAUUCUAGAAACAUCUCUGGUUACAGAGGAUCAAACGUCUAAAUCAUCAGUAUCCUCUGACGUUGUGAUGCGGUUAUGUGUAGUUUGUGGUGACAAAUCUUCAGGAUUUCACUAUGGAGUUACAACAUGUGAAGGCUGCAAGGGCUUUUUUCGGCGAGCUAUACAAGGCAAUCAAUCAUAUACUUGUUCUAGAGACGGUACUUGCGAGAUCAAUAAAACAUUACGGAAUAAGUGUCAACAAUGUCGACUACUUAAGUGUAUCGCUGUUGGGAUGUCAAAAGAUGCUGUUCGCAAAAGACGUCAUGGUAAAAAACGUUUACCAUCAAAUUCUGUAAUCCCAGUUACCACCACCACCACAUCUAAUUCAGGUUCUUCAAGCAAAUCUGUAACUCAAGCAUAUUCAGCAUCAAUAAAUUCUACAAAUGUAUUGCCAGCUGCAUCUAAAAUGCAUUUAAACACAAUUACACUAAAUCCUUAUGAUGUGCAAAUGCGAUUUACUAGUUUACAAUCUUUACCGCCUAACAUACCUUCACAGAUAGUGGUGUUUAGUAAUAAUAAUUAUUUAACUAAAGAAGAUCAAUUAACAUUGGAUAAAUUCGAUAACUUUUUAAAGUAUUGUCAAGAUCAAGCUAUAAAGUAUCAAACAAAUAAUUGGAAUAUAUCUAAAGCUGAUUACUACGGUUUAUCUGGAUCUCUAUCUAGGCAUUUAUCUCCUAUAAAGCAAACCUCAAACAAAUUAGGUGAGUCAGUUAAAUUGCUCACUGUGGAUGAGAUAUUCUGUCCUGCUCAGCUUAAAUUCACACACGAAUUCGCCUGUCAUUUGGAACAGUUUACACGACUUUCACAGCAUGAUCAAGCUAUUCUAUUAAGGGAUUCCUUGCCUGAACUUGCUAUAUUAAUGUUGUGUCGUGAAAAUCGAAGUAAUGUGCCUACGGAUUCUUCUUCUUCAAGCACAAGGAUAAAUAACCAGUUAAAUUGUUUAUUCAGUCCAUGGUUUCCGAAUGCUGUAGUUACAGAUUCAUCUUUAGAUUGUUUACACAUGACUAGUGAUAGUAUAACAGCUCAGAGUGUUUUCCAGUUUGCUGCAAGACUUCAACGUUUACAUCUGACAAAUACAGAAUUUGGACCACUUAUUGGCGUGAUACUCUUUACUCCAGAACGUUCCAACUUAUUGGACAUUGAUUUUGUCAAUCGUACACAAAACCUGUGGGCUGAACUAUUACGUCGUUAUUGUGAAAGUCAAGGAUCACAGACACGUUGUGCUCAUUUAAUUAUGAUUUUAUCUACACUUCGUGAACUUGCCGCCAAAAUUACGCAUAAUUUAAACUCAUGGUACAAGUUGACUAAAUCACCAAUAUCAAAUUGUCUUAAAGAAUUUCUGUAUUCUUCUGGUUUCAAUUCAACCAAUGAUUGCUUUUAACUGAUUGGUAGUCAAUUUACUUAUUCAUUAAUUUUUAAUGUGUAUAUAUAUUUUUUGUGUGUAUGAGUGUGAUCUUUUGAGAGAGUGGGAGAAGGAGGAAGGGGGCCAAGACGCCGGGGGAUUAUCACACUCACAUAUCAUCUACCUCAUGAAUAACUACUGUCUUCCUGCAUGUUUUUUAUUGUGGUGUGUGUAUGCAUGUGAUUUUAAACAAAAUAUUAAACAGUUGUUUGUAUAAUCAGUGCAUAUUUUAAAAUUUAUAUUUCCCUUCAAAUGCAAAACAUUCUACUUCAAUAUACACAUAUGCUCAAUGACUAAUUCAUUUUAUGAUUGAUUUUUUGACUGUUAUGUUUUUUGUGUACUAUAUUUUUUAUGGAAAAGAAUGGAGAAGUUCUACUGUGUAAUGUGUGUUCGUGUAUAUGACAACUCGCCAGCUCUCUUUUCCUUAUUCUUAUCAUUAUUUUUACUUACUUAGUGACUUCAUUCUCCCCCCUCCUAUUUUAUCAUUUUCUACUGCUCAACGAUCUCAUAUUUAUUUUCUGUACGGACGUAUACGCACAAAAAAUGCAUUAUUAUUAUUUAUUAUCUUUAUUAUGACUAUGAUUACUGUUACUAUGACAAUUAUGACUACUAUUCAUAUUUACCCAGUGAUUUUAUGGCUUCCCAUGACUACUACUACUAUGAUUACUACUAGGCGCCUUUUUUUGUUAUUUUUGUUUUGUGAAUUGACGAGAAAAAUAAUCGUCAAUCUAUUUUUCCUUUUUUUUUUCUAAUGUCUAUUUCUAUGUACCAGUGAGUGUGCACACAUGCGUGCAUGCAAAAAUACUCCGCACUUCUAUUUUGAAGUGUUUUUGUCAAUUUUAUAUAUUUGUGUUAUUUUCUUCUAUUUUCUUCUAUUUCUAUGAGUGAUAUUUUUGUCUAUUAUGGAAAUUUUUAUUUUUAUUUUUGUGUAAUUAAAG